AAAAAACGGUUAUGGUAAAAAAGUAAAGUUCUUAAGCAUCUUAGAAUAAUAUAAAAUUUUAAAUAUCCACUACAAAUUAAAAAAAAUAAAAGACAUAAGAAGUGAAUGAGAAAGUAGAACGACUGAAUAAUGAGGCAAAAAUGUAAUAGCACAUAGACAAUGGCAUCAUGAACUUAUUUCUCUACCUUAUGUUGAAUUCUUCCCCAAAUUAACUCUGAGUCUGGCAUGUUCUCUUCUUUUCAAGGUAACAGGCAAAAUGUACUUUAGGUUUAAAAAAAAAAAACCUUCCAGUACCUAAAGAGUUAAGUUAAUUAUGUUCCUUUGUAGCCUCUCAGAAAAUAUUUGUAGCAUUUAAAUCUCUCUUCCCUCCACCCCUCCCUUAUCUGCCCACUGUUUUCAGUCCCUUUUCUCUAUCUCCACCCUCUCUACCUGCCUGGCUCUCCUCAAUCUGUGCUGCCUGGGUUCUCCUCUCCUCUGAUUGGCGGAAGCUCUUCCAAUCUAGAGCUUGCCUGGGCCAGUGGGACUGCAUAUGUAAAGCCCUACUUCAUAUUAAUAAGCUCCAAUCGGGGCUUUAAGUCCUUGAUUAGGAGAGUGUGAGAGCUUUUGGUCCCAACUGGCUGUGCCUAUAGGCUUGUCACCAGGAGAACAUUUGUGUUAAUUGCACGGGGCUCUGUCAAGGAAACUUUGAUUUAUAGCUGGGGUGCACAAAUAAUGGUUGCCGGUCGCACAUGGAUUCGGUAGAACUUUGCAUUCCUGAAUCUUUUUCCCUGCACUACGAAGAAGAGCUUCUCUGCAGAAUGUCAAGCAAAGAUCGACACAUUGAUUCUAGCUGUUCGUCAUAUAUCAAGACGGAACCCUCAAGCCCUGCCUCCUUAACGGACAGCAUCAACCACCACAGCCCCGGUGGCUCUUCAGACGCCAGCGGGAGCUAUAGUUCAACCAUGAAUGGCCAUCAGAAUGGACUUGACUCACCACCUCUGUACCCUUCUGCCCCGGUCCUUGGAGGUAAUGGGCCUGUCAGGAAACGAUAUGAUGAUUGUUCGAGCACCAUUGCAGAAGAUUCGCAGACCAAGUGUGAAUACAUGCUGAACUCGAUGCCCAAGAGACUGUGUUUGGUGUGUGGCGAUAUUGCAUCUGGGUACCACUAUGGGGUAGCAUCAUGUGAAGCCUGCAAAGCCUUCUUCAAGAGGACAAUUCAAGGUAAUAUAGAAUACAGCUGCCCAGCCACAAAUGAAUGUGAAAUCACAAAGCGCAGACGCAAAUCCUGCCAGGCCUGCCGUUUCAUGAAAUGUCUAAAAGUUGGCAUGCUGAAGGAAGGAGUGCGUCUUGAUAGAGUACGUGGAGGUCGCCAAAAGUACAAACGCAGAAUAGAUGCAGAGAACAGCCCAUACCUGAACCCUCAGCUCGUUCAACCAGCUAAAAAGCCAUUGCUCUGGUCCGUUCCUGCAGAUAACAAGAUUGUCUCACAUUUGCUGGUGGCUGAACCGGAGAAGAUCUAUGCCAUGCCUGACCCUACUGUUCCAGACAGUGACAUCAAAGCUCUAACUACUCUCUGUGACCUGGCUGAUAGAGAACUGGUGGUCAUCAUUGGAUGGGCUAAGCAUAUUCCAGGUUUCUCUACUUUGUCUUUGGCUGAUCAGAUGAGCCUUCUGCAAAGUGCUUGGAUGGAGAUUUUGAUCCUUGGGGUUGUAUACCGAUCACUUUCUUUUGAGGAUGAACUUGUCUAUGCAGAAGAUUAUAUUAUGGAUGAAGAUCAGUCCAAAUUAGCAGGCCUCCUUGACCUCAACAAUGCCAUCCUGCAGCUGGUAAAGAAAUACAAGAGCAUGAAGCUGGAGAAAGAAGAGUUUGUCACCCUCAAAGCUAUAGCGCUUGCUAAUUCAGAUUCAAUGCACAUAGAAGAUGUUGAAGCAGUUCAGAAACUUCAAGACGUCUUACAUGAGGCUCUUCAGGAUUACGAGGCUGGCCAGCACAUGGAAGACCCUCGUCGGGCCGGCAAGAUGUUGAUGACUCUCCCGCUUCUGAGGCAAACCUCUACCAAGGCUGUGCAGCAUUUCUACAACAUAAAAUUGGAAGGCAAAGUUCCUAUGCACAAACUUUUUUUGGAAAUGCUGGAGGCCAAGGUCUGACUAAAAGCACCCCAGGCCUUCCCAUCAUGCACGCUGAAAAAGGGAAAAUAAACGGGAGAGUUAAUGGCAAAGAAACUUUAAACUACAACAAAAAAAAUGACUGCACUGAUCAUUUAGCAGCAAGACUGUGAUGCAGCUUUCAACUUCCUCUGUAUCUUUUGAUGCAAUCUCUCUCUACUUUAUCUCUCUUAUCCUGUCAUUCACUCUCUCCCUCUCUUCCCUCUCUCCUUCUCUUUCUUUCUUUCUUUCUUUCUUUCUUUCUUUCUUUCUUUCUUUCUUUCUUUCUUUCUUUCUUUCUUUCUUUCUUUCUUUCUUUCUUUCUUUCUUUCUUUCCUUCUUUCUUUCCUUCUUUCUUUCUUUCUUUCUUUCUUCCUUCCUUCCUUCCUUCCUUCCUUCCUUCCUUCCUUCCUUCCUUCCUUCCUUCCUUCCUUCCCUGAGAACAUCCUGUUCUACCAUCUCCUUUCCUCCCUUUUCCUUACUUUUCUCUCAUCAGCCAGCUUUCAUUCCUUCAUUCCUUGUUUCCUUCAUUUCUUCCUAACUUCCUUCUUUCCUUCCUUCCACUGAACUUUUUAAAAAAGAGGUCUCUAAUUGAAGAGAGAUGGAAGCCAGCCCUGCCAAAGGAUGGAAAUCCAUAAUAUGGAUGCCAGUGAACUUAUUAUGAACCAUAAUGUCUCCAGUGACAAAGGAAUCAAAGAGAGAACCAUCGUACCUAACAGUACAAUAUAACACAGUGAAUUGACUCAAUGCAGUAUUAGAUUUCAUAGGAGCAGUCGCUAAUUAGAUGACUUAAGCAAUGUGGCAUCGGCUGCUUCUUACCAUUGCAUCGCCAUCUAGAUCAGUUACAGCCAUUUGAUUCCUUAAUUGUUUUUUCAAGUCUUCCAAUUUGUUAGGUUUAGCUACUAUGUAACUUUUUCAGGGAAUAGUUUAAGCUUUAUUCAUUCAUGCAAUACUAAAGAGAAAGAAAAAUACUGCAUUUUUGUGCUGGCUUUGAACAAUGAUGAACAAUAAUGAAGGACAAAUGAAUCCUGAAGGAAGAUUUUUUAAAAUGUUUCGUUUCUUCUUAUAAAUGGAGAUUUUUUUGUACCAGCUUUACCACUUUUCAGCCAUUUAUUAAUGUGGGAAUUUAUCUUACUCAAGCAAUAGUUGAAGGGAAGGUGCAUAUUAUCACGGAUGCAAUUUAUGUUGUGUGCCAGUCUGGUCCCAAACAUCCAGUUUCUUAACUUGAGCUCCAGUAUAGCUAAAUAAAUGUUCACUGACACAAGGGAUUAGAUUACACCUACAGGGGCUAUGAAUAGUCUAAUAUAUAAAUACCCCAUAUGGAGUACACAUCUGUAGAAUUGUUAGAAGAGCACAUCUCUACCUGAGAGGUAAAGUUGUCACUUGGCUUCUAACCAUAGCAGUGAUAAAGAAAUAAAUGCUGCUUGUUUGCAAAGUUAGGAACAUUUCAUGGAAGGAGCUGUGAGCCAAUAUUUGUUAGAGGCAAUAAGUCAAAUGCCAAAAUUUGCAGAAAAUGAUGAAGAUAGCCGACACCUGACCAAAUUCCAAAAUUGGACUUGUAUGAAUUUAUUCGUUUAGAAUUUUAUUUCUUGGGGCUUGGUUUCAAUGGCAGUUUUAUUUUUUUUGUUGUUGUUGUUUUUUACCAAUAGCAAAAUAAGACUACGUGCUUUUCAACCAGUAUUGUCACAGCAUGAAAGUCAGUCAGGUUCAAGACUGUUAAAGAGGUGUGAUCUAAUGUAUAAAUCAAUUAGAUGCCCCCAGAAAACUACAGUCGCUAAAUAACCAAUAAACAAUAACCUCCAUCCAAUGCUAUACCAAUGUACCAGUGUUAGUAGCUGCUCCCUGUAUUAUGUGAACAUUCUUAUUCUAUGUACACAGAUGUAAUUAAAAUUGUAAUCCUAACAAACAAAAGAAAUGUAGUUCAGCUUUUCAAUGUUUCAUGUUUGCCGUGUGCUUUUCUGAAUUUUAUGUUGCAUUCAAAGACUGUUGUCUUGUUCUUCUUGUGGUGUUUGGAUUCUUGUGGUGUGUGCUUUUAGACACAGGGUAGAAUUAGAGACAAUAUUGGAUGUACAAUUCCUCAGGAGAUUACAGUAGUAUAUUCUAUUCCUUACUGGUAAUAAGGUUCUUCCUAAUAAUAAUUAAGAGAUUGAAACUCCAAACAAGUAUUCAUUAUGAACAGAUACACAUCGAAAUCAUAAUAUUUUCAAAACAAGGAAUAAUUUCUGUAACAGUUUAUUAUAGAAUACCAAUGUAUAGCUUAGAAAUAAAACUUUGAAUAUUUCAAGAAUAUAGAUAAGUCUAAUUUUUAAAUGCUGUAAAUAUGGCUUUUACUCAAUCAUCUCUCAGAUGUUGUUAUUAACUUGCUCUGUGUUGUUGCUAAACUUUUUGGUGCGGACAAGUUUCCAAAAUUAUUGCUACUUUGUGUGCUUUAAACAAAAUACCGUGGGGUUGAUGUUCUAUCAGCCUUGUGCUAGAAAUACUGUGUAUCUAUCAUUAGCUAUAUGGGACUAUAUCGUAGAUUGUGGUUUCUCAGUAGAGAAGUGACUGUAGUGUGAUUCUAGAUAAAUCAUCAUUAGCAAUUCAUUCAGAUGGUCAAUAACUUGAAAUUUAUAGCUGUGAUAGGAGUUCAGAAAUUGGCACAUCCCUUUUAAAAUAACAGAUUAAAAAAAAAAGUACAACUCCUGGGAAAAAAAGGUGCUGAUUCUAUAAGAUUAUUUAUAUAUAUAUAAGUGUUUAACGAAAAAUAAUAAUAAUAAUAAUAAUGAUAAUAAUGAUGAUGUUUAUUUUCCAGAAGGUUUGUGCUGGUUUUAAGUUACUACUGUUCAACUACAUAUAUAUACUAUAAUAUAUAUGUAAUAUAGCUAAUAUAUAAACAUUGUUUUCACUGUAUCACAUUAAAGAACCUGGGCUUCAGUCAAAAGCCAAGCAACCUAAGAAAUAGAGAUGUAUAAAGUACAGUGCAAAUUUUAGUUUUCUUUUUCAGUGACUUCUGGCCAUACAAAAGGACAACUGUCUCAAGAUUCCGAAGCAAAACUAAAACUCUAAGGUCAAAAAGAACCACGUGAACUUUUUGUAGGAUGAUGCUCAUCUUAAACCUUGCUGAAGGGGAGUUCUUUCAAGGUUCAGCCAAGACCACUUACUUAAUGUGAAGUUUGGGAGAGUUUUAAAGGUGUAUGUUUUAGCAAUGAUGAUUUUGAUUUCUAUGUUUGCUUCAGUUAUUUUUUUUCUUAUUUAAAGCAAUAUGAUUGUGUGACUCCCAGAAGUUACACUUGUGUUUCAAUCAGAUCAGAUUGUUGUAUUUAUUCCACUAUUUUGCAUUUAAAUGAUAACAUAAAAGAUAUAAAAAAUUUAAAACUGCUAUUUUUCUUAUAGAAGAGAAAAUGGGUGUUGGUGAUUGUAUUUUAAUUAUUUAAGCGUCUCUGUUUACCUGCCUAGGAUAACAUUUUAUGGCAGUCUUAUGUGCAAAGAUCGUAAAAGGACAAAAAAUUUAAACUGCUUAUAAUAAUCCAGGAGUUGCAUAAUAGCCAGUAGUUAAAAAAACAAAACAAAAACAAAAACCAUGUCUAUAGCUGUAGAUGGGCUUCACAUCUGUAAAGCAAUCAAUUGUAUAUUUUUGUGAUGUGUAUCAUACUGUGUGCUCCAACAAAUGUCCAUUUGUGUAAAUGUAUUUAUUUUAUAUUGUAUAUAUUGUUAAAUGCAAAAAGGAGAUAUGAUUCUGUAACUCCAAUCAGUUCAGAUGUGUAACUCAAAUUAUUAUGCCUUUCAGGAUGAUGGUAGAGCAAUAUUAAACAAGCUUCCACUUUU